AUGGCUGACCAGCAGGCCUCUGUCCCCAUGGAGGACCAGACACUGGAAGAAACGGCAUGGCCAGCGAUGCUGCUGGAAAGAAAGGUGAAAGUGGGCUUCCUGGAGUUGAUGGACUACCUGGACCCCCGGGUCCACAAGGUCCUCCUGGAAAUCCUGGCAGCCCUGGACUCACUGGACCCCCUGGUUUGCCUGGAAAAGAUGGACUUGACGGUCUUCCUGGAGCUGACGGUGCAAAGGCCUGGACCACCAGGAGAGCCUGGCCUCGAUGGUUUCCCAGGGAAACCUGGCCCUAAGGGUGACGAAGGUCCUCCUGGUUCAAGAGGCCUAACAGGUGAGAGGGGAGAAGCUGGCCACCCAGGAGAGCCAGGAGCCAUAGGGCCCAGAGGAGAGAAGGGGACACAGGGAGAAAGGGGCAGGGAGGGACCAACUGGUCCAGCCGGUGAAAAAGGUGACAAGGGUGACGUCGGACCCCGGGGACCUCCUGGGAUCCCAGGAAAUGUAAUCCCAGAGCCUGGAGCAACAGGGAAGCCCGGAGAGAAGGGAGAGAAAGGAGACCAAGGCCAGCCUGGGGAACCCGGUCACCGUGGAUCUCCUGGUGAACAAGGAUUGAGAGGUCUACCAGGAUACCCGGGUUCAAAAGGAGAUCAAGGUGCUAAAGGAGACAGGGGGCAGAAUGGAGAGCAAGGCCCACCGGGUUUGCCAGGUCCUCAGGGUCCUCGUGGAUUGCCAGGGAAUGUGGGGGUCCCAGGAAAUGCUGGUCCUCCAGGAGCAGAUGGUCUUAAGGGGGAGAAGGGUGAACAGGGAUCAGAGGGCCGUCCUGGACCCCCAGGUCGCCCAGGAGAGCCAGGCAUGGCCGGAAUUCCAGGACUACCAGGGAAAGGGAAGGACGGACUGCCUGGUCAGCAGGGGCCACAGGGAAUGCAGGGUCUUCCUGGAAGCAGAGGGCCUCCAGGAGAGGCCACCAGCGGACCGCCGGGAGUGAGAGGUCCGCCUGGAAACCCGGGCCCCCAGGGGCCCCCAGGACACAAUACUGCCCUGCAGGACCCCCAGGUCCACCUGGCAUCCCUGGCCCACAAGGUGACAAGGGAGAGCCAGGUCCCCCUGGGAAAAGUGGCCAAGAUGGGUACCAGGGCCCUGUUGGACCUCCUGGUCCUGCUGGACCUCCAGGAGCAGAUGGAACAAAGGGUGCAGAUGGUCCACCGGGGCCUGCAGGCCCUCCGGGACCCCCAGGAGAAAAGGGCAUUGCAGGAAAGACAGGAAAAGAUGGCAGACCUGGUGAGCCCGGGGAACCGGGCUUCAAAGGCCCUAGGGGAGAACCUGGCCCACCAGGAUCUAAGGGCAAUAUGGGACCCCAAGGGCCGCAAGGUCAUGCAGGACCACGCGGAGAACCGGGAAAACCUGGUGAACCUGGUCCAUCUGGAAAAACGGGAGUUCCUGGAAUUCCUAACAUUAAAGCUAUUUAUUGAAAAGUCCAUGUCAGGAUUAAUGUACCUGAUGGGUCUUAAGGGACCCAAAGGAGAAUCUGGAACUCCAGGACUACCAGGCUUUCCAGGUUCAAAAGGUCCAUCUGGACCUCCUGGUCCAGUGGGUCCUGAUGGAAAAACUGGUGUGUCGGGAAAACCAGGUGAACGUGGUUCCAAGGGAGAAAGAGGAGAUCCAGGUGUAAAGGGAGAUAAAGGACCACCUGGAGAGGCCGGUGUUCCUGGAACUCCUGGAAUCCCAGGUAGAAAAGGGCACACAGGGAUGAUGGGAAUAUCAGGGCCCCCAGGAGAUGUAGGACCAGCAGGGUCUCCUGGAACACCAGGACAACCAGGGAUGCCAGGACCGCGGGGAGAGUCGACAUCCCUAGAACAAAUGAGAAGGCUCAUCCAAGAAGAACUAACAAAGCAGUUAGACGCCAAACUGGCUUACCUCAUGGCCCAGAUCCAGCCAGCCCAUGUGAAGAGCAGCGUUGGACGCCCAGGACCCCCUGGCCUUCCUGGCAAAGAUGGACUUCCAGGGCGAACUGGGUCCCCCGGGGAACCUGGUAUGCCAGGCCCUGCUGGAGGAGAUGGGCCAAGAGGCCCAAUGGGUCAGAAAGGUGAAAGAGGUGCUAAAGGUGAAAGAGGAGAAUCCGGUAUUGGACAGAGAGGAGAGAUUGGUCCACCUGGUCCUACAGGUCCUCAGGGUAUUCCUGGGUAUGGAAAAGAUGGGGUACCUGGCACACCAGGCACUCAGGGAGAGCCAGGAAAUCCUGGCCCCCAUGGUCCAGCAGGGCCACCAGGACCCCCUGGCCAGUGCGACCCCUCUCAAUGUGCAUACUAUGCCAGCCUGGCUUCACGACCUGUCAAUGUCAAGGGGACUUAGAGCACAAAAGAUUGGGAGUGGGGCUAUUUAUGAACCAAGAACUGUUCUU